AUGGCUCGAUAUUUCCAGACUGAAUUCUACCAACAAUCACCCUCAACAUUAGACGUGACAGAAGACGAUGAGAUGAGUGUGCUGGACGAGAAGAUCUUGGAGCCAGGGUCCGAAGACCUCGCCGACACCCGCCGCUCGUCCUAUGACACCCCAGCCUACUCACAUCGGGAUUCAGUCUGGUCUAACUACUCCAAUACCAGCUCGGACCAGUCGCGUUCAAAUUCGCACGUCGGGCAUUCCAUGUUGAGCUCAUCCGGCGCAUCGUUCAUGCCUGUUGAUGGUCCGCAUUCAACCUCAUUCCCGCAACCCUCUUGGUCGAUGCCGCGCAAUGACUCGGGAUCAUGCACGCCGACCGCGGGCUAUGACCAGUACUCCACCGAGGGGGACCAGAUCACGACUGCGCCGUUCUCUGGAGGCGCCGUCGGACCCGUGGGCGCAAUUCCCAUGAACCCCAUGUCGUACCGUGGGAGUAUGUUCGGCCAGCCGGGCAGCGUCGCCAUGUCACCACAGUCAAGUCAGGGGUGGAUGCCCGCCCCGAUGGAUCUGGCCGAUGCCCCAUCGCAUCAGAACAAGAGUCCCUCGUACCGCAAUGACUCGCCCUUGAGCAUGCGGCGGGAUGGGAUUCGCAAAAAGAACGCUCGCUUUGAGAUCCCUGCUGAGCGGACGCUGAGUAACAUCGACCACCUGAUCAGCCAAUCCACCAACGAGGAAGAGAUCAAGGAGCUCAAGCAGCAAAAGCGGCUGUUGCGAAACCGACAAGCAGCAUUGGACUCUCGUCAACGCAAGAAAUUGCAUACCGAGAAGCUGGAAGAGGAGAAGAAGCACUUCACCGCGACGAUCAAUGAUCUGGAAGAGGCACUGCAAAGCAUGAAAAUGCGAGAAGCAGAAUUGCUGCGCGAGAAGAAUGAAUGGAUGGCAAACCACGCUCAGAUGACACAUUACAUGGACACGCUGCACAUGGAGAAAGACGAAAUGAUUCGCGUACACACGCUGGAGACAGCUGAACUGCGCAAGAAGAACAACAUUCUCAUGGAGACCGUCGACAAGCUGGAGCGGGGUAUCAAACCCGUCCAGGACAACCUCCCUGGCGACUUCACCGGCUUUGAGAACUUGUCCAUGGAAAGCCAUCCAUGGGACGACUUCUCGAUGCAAAACGGUGUUCCAAUGCAGCCGGAAUGUCCCCGUCAGCCCAUCAACCAGGUCAAAGCCCCGGAGAAACCCAGCUCUGACCUUCCAAUCAGUUGGAACGCUUUCUACAUGUGCCUCCUCUUCGGCGCCUUCAUCGCCUCAAACAGCACUUCCAUUCCAGGUCGCUCUCUGCCUCAGCUCUCUGAAGAGUAUCGUGCCGAGUCUGCGAACGUCCUGAAGGCUGUGCUCGCCUCGUCGCCAAAGCACGAGCUUGCACACGCCACUGCCACCGCCACUGCCGCACCGACCACCAUCAGUGGCAUGGAGAUGGCGCAGAUGAGCGCCGUGCCAUCCACGCUCGACCAGCUGCACAACACUCUUGUGAUGCCGACAGAGCAGCAAGAGCGCGAGCAGGUCUUCUCCCUGAACGCAAACCAGUAUAACUCCCUGACAACGUUCGAAGAUGACGGGUUCAAGCCGCAGCAGCCGUCGUCGCUCCAGCAAGCUCUUGCUGCUAUGCGCAACACGGCCGCGCAGCAGAGUCGCAUGGCAGGCUCGUCGUCGGAUGUCUAUUCGCGCUCCCUGAUGUGGGAUCGUGUGCCUGAGAAGGUGAUACGUGAUUUCCGACGCAUGGUCCAGGACUUUGCUGUCCCUGUUAAGGACGAGGGUGUUUUCCACCCCUGA